AUGAAUUUGGAUCACUUACGAAGUUGGGUCGAAGAUCUGCAAUUGUCAAAUGGUUCUAGUGACGGUCAAGAUGAUAUUUUCAUAAAACAAGAAGACGAACAUGUGGAAGAAAGUGAAGACAAUAUAGACGUUGAUUUUAUAAAUGAAUUUUUCACUAACAUGGUAUUCAAAUCGCGUCAAUCCUUAAUUGAUUGGGUUCAAGACACUGGACGUAAUUUGGGAUUUAUCAUUGUCAUUAAAAGGUCAGAGAUUGGUGGAUUCGGAAAAAGACCCAAAUUGCAGUUACAUUGUGAUCGCGGUGGCACAUACAAAAAUAAGACGUUGUCGACAAAAUUUACUGGCACCAAAAAAAUAGAUUGUCCUUUCAGACUGAAAGGAGUGAAAUUGAAAACAGAUGAUGAUUGGAUGUUAAGGGUGCUAUGUGGAAAGCAUAACCAUGCUGCGACAUUAUUUAUGGAGGGACACCCGUAUGUCGGUCGAUUAUCUGCUGUUGAAAAUGAGAUACUCGUAGAUAUGUCAAAGAAUUUCGUGAAGCCCCGAAAUAUAUUGAAUUCGUUGAAGAACCAUGAUCCCUACAAUGCAUCCAUAAUUGAUACUAUAUACAAUGCACGCAAGAAGAUUCGGGCGGCAGAGAAAGCUGAUAGAUCUGAAAUGCAGAUUCUUAUGAGCUUCCUACACGAGUCUGGGUACAUUUUCUAUCAUCGUACCAAUGCUUUAACUAAUGAGCUCGAAGAUUUGUUCUUUGCAUAUCCAGGCUCGUUGGAAUUAUUGCGUGCAUUCCCGCAUGUGUUAUUGAUGGAUGCAACGUACAAGACAAACCGGUUUAGGAUGCCUCUCCUCGAGAUUGUUGGUGUGACUUCCACAAAUAUGACAUAUUGCAUAGCGUUCGUGUACUUGAACUCAGAAAAAGAGGAGAACUACACAUGGGCUUUAAGGUGUUUACGGUCAACAAUGGAAGAGUGCACUGCUCCGAGAGUUAUUGUCACGGACAGGGAGUUGGCGCUUAUGAACUCGUGUGCAGUGGUAAUUUUACAAAACCAUCCAACUGCGGUUAAUUACAUCGAAACCAUAUGGUUGACACCAUAUAAGGAGAUGUUUGUAACUGCUUGGACCGAUAGCUAUUUGCAUUUCGGGAACCAGAUUACUAACAGAGUGGAGAGUCAGCAUGCCAAGUUGAAACGCUAUUUGGGUUCAACACAGUCGAACUUGAAGUCUUCGGUAUUGUUCAUUCAUGAGCUCAUUCGAAAUCAAAUUUCAUCGAUCAAAGCUAGUCUGGAGAAAAGUAGAAAUAUCAUACAACAUCGAUUCAGAACCCAGCACUUCCAAGAAUUAUGGAGUUUUGUUUCCAUCUACACAUUGGAUCUAAUUUUGACUGAAUUUGAGCGGUAUAGAAAAUGCUACGGUCUACCAUGUGCCCACGAGAUUGCAAUACAUGUGAAUGAUGGUCGACCUAUACCACUUGCUUCCAUUGAUGCAUUUUGGAGGAAACUUGACUUGUCGCCAUGUGUUUCUCUACUCAAUGAUGACAUUGAUUGUGCCAUCGAGGUACAAAUAUUCACAGAACAAUUUAAGAAGCAGUCCAGACCGGGUAAAUUCAGUCUACUAAGGAAGCUGAGGGAGAUAAUCAAACCGUCUACAACUUCUGUUCAAGAACCAGCUGUUAAGACAAAUACUCGUGGACGCCCACCAACGAAGAACAGGGUGGUGAAUACCAAGCAAACGACAGUUAUUCAUGAUCAAGAACCAAAUAGACAUAGUUAUUCAUACGACCGCCCCAUCUCAAAGCAAAAGGCAGUUAUUCAAGAUAAAGAACCAAGUAGACACAGUUAUAGAUACGAAUGUCCUAUCUCGAACUUGAAGUCAGGCACAUCGAUUCAGGGAAAUUUGUCUGCACAAAUGAGUUCAAGGUCUGAAAGGAUAAACUACUCCGUAGAUGGCUAUGUUCGUCAAUUUUCACCUAUAUUGCAAGAUUACAUCAAACAAGUAGAAGAUGUAAUACCUGAUGGAAAUUGCAGCUUUCGAGCAAUAGCUGUCUGUCUUCGUCUUGGCAAAGAUGCAUGGGCUACCAUCCUGUAUAACUUGAUGGAAGAGUUGAACACAUUCUGGGAUCAAUAUGUUGCAAUAUUUGGCAGUGAAGAGCGAGCAUAUCAUAUUCAAAACUCAUUGAACUUCUUUGCAACAGAUAGAGGAGCACCGAUUGAGCACUGGAUGACAAUGCCAGACAAGGGUCUCUUAAUUGCUUCGAGGUAUAAUGUCAUACUACACGUUCUUAAUCAGUUACAGAGCUUGACAUAUUUGCCACUUCGAUCAACUCCUCCACCGCUAUACCAACAUGUUGCUAUAGCUAUUGGGCACGUAAAUAAUAAUCAUUACGUUCGGGUUGCAUUGACAGAGGGUUAUCCGAUGCCUCCCAUUAUGUAUCAAUGGAAACACUUUCGGUAUGAUUGUGCAGCUACAUGGGCUACAUCUUAUAUGGAACAACUUGAUGCGUAUAUACAGCAUACUCGUUCUAGGUUCCCUCCCGAAACUAUUGUGUUAGAAGAUUAG